UGCACGAAAAGAGCUGCUCGUAGCCGCACUACUGUGAAUAUCUCUAUGCUCAUUGCCAGGACUGUGGAGUGUGCAAAGGAGGGAGAGAGAGCCGGAGAGAGCGAGGAGGAGAGGUGGAGGGAAUACAGUUGGAUUUGGAUACAACUGGAAAACUACCAAGCGCGCACAGCACGCACCGAGCGGAAGGCACAUCGACGGUGCGUAGCACAACAUUUCACCUACUCCCCGUCCCCUGCGAUCGGAUUCAGGCGAGAAUGGAUCUCCCUGCCGCCGGAGAGCACGUCUUUGCGGUAGAGGGCAUCGAAAAGAAGCGCAUCCGCAAGGGCAAGAUAGAGUACCUGGUCAAGUGGCGAGGCUGGUCUCCCAAAUACAACACAUGGGAACCAGAGGAAAACAUCCUUGACCCGCGUCUCCUCGUGGCGUUUCAACACAGAGAGAGGCAGGAGCAGCUGAUGGGGUAUCGCAAACGUGGGCCAAAACCAAAACACCUCUUACUCCAGGUGCCCUCAUUUGCCCGAAGAUCCAGUAUCCCAGCAGGCUUUGAGGAAACAUGUCAGGAAGCAGAGGGUGGCCUGAGAUCUGAUCCUGUCCAUGUCCAGCGCUCCCAGCCUCAGCAGUACCAGCUGAACAGCAAAAAGCACCACCAGUAUCAGCCCAACAGCCAGGAGGCCCCUGCUGACCAGCUAACCAACUGCAAAAAGAAGUUCAUCUACCAGCUAAACAGCAAGAAGCACCACCACUACGAGCCUGACCCGAAUAUGUACGACACACAAGCCUCUAAGCUUAAAGAGGUGGUCAAAGUUCAGGAACCGGCCAGUAAACCAGCAAAUCCUGGCAGGAACUUACCACUGGCACUGCAGCAGAAAUGGGUUCGUGACAAAGACACAGGGUGCUUGAGCAAAGUCAAAGAGUUGGCAGUAGAGGUGAGGAAACCAGCGGUUAAAGAGGCUGAGAGUGAACAUGCACUUAAACCCAAUCCUAAAGACGCAACCCUGCCUAGCGCUAUUAGCAGCAAAAUGAAGAUAAUCAAGAACAAAAACAAGAACGGACGUAUUGUUAUUGUCAUGAGCAAAUACAUGGACAGUAACAAGGUUCAUGGAGCAAAGGGUAAACAUGGGGAAUCAUCAAGUGAAGAGAAACCGCAAAACACCAGACCAUCAGAAAACAAUCCAGUACACAGAACCAAAAUGGUGGAACACCCAGAGAACGGCAUCCCCAAGGAGAUCUGUAACGGUAACUCUCUCCCUGCCGCAGAGCAUCCUACAAAGUGUUCCCCAAAGGACAGACAUUUCUCCAAACCAUCACCAAGCACAGCCGAGGAGUACAAUACUGAAGUGGCUCGGGGUCAGGCUGACUUGCCAGAUGAUCUACCGCUACAGCUGACCGCUAGCUCUCCCCCAAUGUCCUGGGCUGUUGACACCAACAUCCCGACCCCUACAGCCGUCGACCAGAUCAGGAUCCCUUCCUUUCCCAGUGACCGCAAGCGAAAGCUCUCAGAUCCCGUGGAGGACAGGAGUGUAUCCAAAGCCUACCUGACCUCCAGAAGCUUCAGUGUGCCCAGCACAGUCAUCACGCCACCCCAGGACAAACCCAUGGACCUCCACUGUAGUGGCCGGCGCCUCAGCAGUACACGCACCUAUGACGUUCUGGACUCAGGCAGCCAAGAGGAGCCAAUGGAUCUCAGCUGCCCAAAGACUAAGAAGCAAGUGGAGCCAGAAAUACAACCAGAACCGGCACCAGAGCCUGAGCCUGCUGUCAGAGAUUCUUCUCCUGUGACAGAGGACACACGGAAAUCCUCUGAGAAAUCUAAAGAAGCACCUGUUAAAAAAAUCUCCCCUUUUAUGGGAAAUAUCAUCAUCACUGAUAUCACAACAAACAGUCUCACCGUCACCUUCAAGGAAUAUGUUUCUUUCUAAGAGGCUGUUUGUAAAACGGGACUACCGGUGACUGGUUGGAUGAUGCCAUCAACAUGUACAUAUGUAAAAACAUCAGAAUUUUGUAUAUAUGGAAAUUUAUAAUUUAUCAUUCAAAUUCAAUAUGUUUCUUAUAAUGUUUUAUACUGUAAUUCCUCUGUGACGUUGUAGUCAAGAAAGUGCCCUCGAGGAUUUGAGAGAAUGCAUUUAGGUGGAUGUGUUCCACCAAAAAAAGAAAAAAAAAUCAUUUUAUUUGUCAUAUGGAACUUAAUGGGAUACUUUUGCUGUUGUUUCAUACCUGUACCAAACUUAUAACCUGAGAUGUAUGAAGGUUUAUACGUAUUUUGUAUAAAUAAUAUCUCUUAUUUUGGUCCUGAUAGAAGGUAGAGAGGAACUUGUUGAGUCUAUGGUGAUCUAAGAUCAAAUUGAAAGCACUUAAUUACAUUUUUAAUGUUAAUUUGUGUCAUGUACCUUCAUUAACAGAGAUUAUCUCUGUAAGUCUUAUUUCAGCUAUUUUUUUUUUUUUUUUUUUUUUUUAACUCCAGACAUGUACACUCAGUCUGACUUGGCAUAUUUCAUUAUGUGCUUUGUUUGUGGCUUGUAUAAGAAAAAAUUAUUAGCCAUGACAUUCAAAUUUAAAAAGCAGGUGUGUCUGAACACAAUGUAAACACAGUGACAACUGCGGGGCAUGCUCAGCUAUGUCAGAAACCUUUAAGCAAUGUCCCAGCCCUUUCUUUUGUGUUUGGUUUUUGUCUUGCAGUUCAGACGCAGCCAAGCCAUCAAUGGAUGGGCUGUUUACAAUCCACUCUAUUUCUACACUGCACGGUUCCUCUUUAGCAAACAUUUAUGGAAUAAAAUCUGACAGGUACUUUCUCAAAGAUCAUUACCAUUAAGGAAAUGGUGUCAUUUAUCAAACCUGUGAAUUCCUGUUAAGAUGACGUAUUGAUUCUUCCGGUAAUAAGGUUGUGAUUUAUGACCUUAUAGUUGACCUCACAUAUUGCUGGAGUUACUUUAAAAUAUCUGCUAGUCUUGUUAGGGUUCUCCUAAUGUCACACAGAUUAACGAUAUUCAUCUCAUUCUGCUGUUAAACCUCAUCAUGUGAUCUGAAGAAAACAGAUGACUGCUAAAUGUUUUAGAAGAAGCUACCAGGGUCAUUAAGGGGUAUGCUAUACAGAUUAAAUGUGAGUUGCGAGGCGGGCUUUUGUAUACUGUUACAUGCAAUCCAGUGAGUGCAAGCUGUUUUGAUUAUGCUGCUGAAAAUUCAAAUGUCAAAGCUGUUGGAUGUAACCUACAUUUGAGUCUAAAUUGCCUUCUACGCACAGUUAAUGCAAAACCAGUAAAAAUGCUAAAAUGCUAGAAUAAUAAAAAAAAUGAAGAGUGCAUAUUUAUUGACCUUUCAUUUUGUUGUUUAGAACAAUGACGAGAUGUUCUCUUCAUCAGACGCUGCAAGUGAUUCCACCGAACCUUUCUGAGUCUGUUUGCUCUUCUUUGUUCUCGUUCUUGUGCUUUCUUUUGCUGAUUCUCUCUUGCACUUGGUUCCAAGUAAAAAAAAAAGAUUGUUCUAAAGUAUGUUCUACCAGGAGCUGGUUGAAUUAUUGCUUUUGGCACAGCUUAUUGGAUGGUAUGUUUCACAAUAAAGAAAGAGAUUUGACCUCUGA